UGUGAAAUCUUUCAUGCUAAACUACUUAAUUUUGUCUGCUUUAAUAAAAAGGGGCUAAUUAGUUGGUCGAUGAACUCUGCAUAUUUGGAGGGUUGAAAAGUUAUUUUCAUACACAUAUAUUUUACUUUUAACUGAUUUUCGCAAAUUUAGGCCAUAUUCUAGUCAGAAAUUGCUAUUUAUAACUAAGGUGAUGCAGUUUUGACUAAUUAUUACUUAGAUUAUCACUAUAAAUCCCGUCCCAAAGCUCAAUUACUCCACCAAGCAUUAGCAACAAAAGAAAAGACGAUAUCACUAAUUAGUACUUGAGCAAAAAAGACCCGAGAGCAAUGGCGACGAUAUCACCACGUUUAGCGACGACUCUUCUAGCGACCAUCCUCCUCGCCGUCGGAACAGCAGAAUCGUCUAGGGCGGUCUACUCCAACGACUACUACUCGCAGCUGCCGGCCGAGUCCGAACACGCGUGGCCGCCGGCAUCCGUGUCCGAACACGCGUGGCUGCCGAUAAAGAUCGCCCAACUGAAAGAGAAUCCCGCCUUGGACGCCGCGCGCUUCGCGGUGACGUCGUACAAUAACGAACACCCCGAGGAGCUGCCGUUGAAGCUGGUGAGCGUGCUCGGCGGCGAGGUUUUGGCUGCCGGAGGAGGCGUCGUGUACCAUCUUUACCUGGCCGCCUCCAGCAGCGCGCACAGCCGGGAAGAGUACCAGGCGUUCGUGUUUUCGUAUCCGGGAGGGAGGCUGCAGCAAUUGUUGUUUGUACCCUUAAGCUUUGAGAAUUAGUGACGAGAUGUAGGUAGAUCGUAUUUUUCUUGAGUUAAAUAAUUUUGGUGGUGUCGCUAAAGAUGUAUAUAUUAAUCUUAGUUAUGGUCUUAUAAGCUAUGAUAUCUUAUGGGAUAUUAUCCGUGAGGAAUUCAACCGUGCUCAUAAGCGUCGCGAUUUUUUCGUGUAUGAGUUGAAUUUAUAUCGUAACGUUGAAUAGUGGCGGAGCCAGAACUAGUCAUGAUGGGUUGGCUGCACGUUCUUAGCCUUGCGCGUGAGAUCUUGCACCAGGAUGGACCUUAAUUAGAUGAAGGUCUCUAUGUAUCAUAUAUAAGAGUUGCAUAAAAUAUAGAUUAAGAGUACUAAUAGCAACAACAAUCCAAAGAGAAAUUUUACAAUGCUAUAUAGUAUUGGUGCUAUAGGAUUUUGCUUUUAUGGUACAACUUAAAAUUGUACGUUUAUGUUAUGGUACAAUUUCAGACUGUACCUAUACUUUUUGUACAAAUUCUUUUAUGGUACAACUUGAACUUGUACCUUUAUGUGAUGGUACAACUUCAAGUUGUAAAGUUGUACCAUAACAUAAUGGUACAAAUUGCUUUAUGGUACAACCUAAACUUAUACAUUUAAUGUUAUGGUACAACUUUAAGUUGUACAUUAAAGCACCAAUACUAUAUAGCAUAGUAGAAGUGCUCCAAUCCAAAACAAUAAAACGUACAUGUAUAUUAUGUGUGGUAAAGCUCGAAUUUAGAACGAUUCAUCUGUUAUUUUACCAACUCAUGCAAAACUCUCUCGUUAGUAGUUUUUCUUCAUAUGGAUACUGGAUUAUUUUAUUUUAAGCCAUGUAUUUUGGUGCGGAACUAAAAAUGCAAAGCCUUGGGUUUUUUCAUCCAUGAUAUGAAGUUUCCCAGGAUGAUAAGUAUCUUAUAAAAAAUUGAAAGAUACAGGAUUUAGUAGGUUUUUAAAGUACUUAUCUAACAACUUCAGCCAGAACCUAACCUAUUCCUAGGGGUGGUUAUACGGUUCGGUUAAAUUGGCUCGAAUUGAUCCGGUUCCAGUCCGGUUUUUCCAGGAAAUAUAAGGACCAAAUAUUGGAUUGGAUACAAUCCGAUCUUGACCCGGUGCGGUCACAAUUCGAUCUUGAUUUUAGAUUGAGCUUGUCGAGAUUUUAGUGGCCUGAAAGGUUGAGGAGUUGGUUAAGAUUUGGGUGUUGGGCUCUCUUAUCUUGUCUUCCAGUUUUGAUUCGAUCCUGAACGGUUUUUUUUACCUCAAAUCUAAGCGUAAAUAUGAGAUUAUAUUGUUUGUUAUCCGAUUCCGGUCUGUAUUAUACUGUUCAAUUUUGGGUAAAACCAAAAGAAUGGAACAAAUAGCCACUCCGGCCAAACUAUUCAUAUGAUGUGAAUUGUAUGUUAGUUGUUAAGUAACUCUGCGUAUUUGGAGGGUUGAAAAGUUCUUUCGGUUUGUAUAUAUGUUGCUUUAAAGACAAGGUCGUAAUAAUUAAAAUAUCUACCAUUUUUGAAGGACUUGGCUUGGUAAUGGUAAUACAAAUAUCUAAUAUUA